GUCGGGUAGACAUACGUGGGCGGGGGCUGGCGCCUUAGUGAACAUGGCGGCUGGCCGCGCCCGAGCUGUGCUUGCUGCCCUAGGAGUGCUUAGUGUCUGCGAGGCCGGCGGCUUUGGGCCUGUAGGGAAAGGGAAGACCGGUGCGGAGGCGGAGUGGGCGGAGCCGUGGGAUGGUGCGGUUUUCGGGCCGCCCUCGGCGCUGGGCGCGGUGGGGGUGGCUCGCAGUUCCGGAUUCCCGCGGCCCGGGAAGGAGGAGGCAGUGGACUUGCCGGUGCUGCUGUGGUGGAGCCCAGGGCUGUUUCCCCACUUCCCGGAUGAUUCGGAGCGCAUUGAGUGCGCGCGCGGCGCGUGCGUGGCGUCCCGGGACCGACGGGUACGGGGAGACUGGGGGACACGCGCGCUGCUCUUCUACGGCACCGACUUUCGCGCGUCCGAGGCGCCGCUACCGCGCCUAGCGCAUCAGAGCUGGGCGCUCUUGCACGAGGAGUCACCCCUCAACAACUUCUUGCUGAGCCACGGCCCGGGCAUCCGCCUCUUCAAUCUCACCGCCACAUUCAGCCGCCACUCGGACUAUCCGCUGCCUCUCCAGUGGCUCCCCGGGACUGCCUACCUGCGCCGCGCGGCGCCUCCACUCCGGGAGCGCGCGGAGUGGCGCCGCCGCGGCUACGCGCCGCUACUCUAUCUGCAGUCCCACUGCGACGUGCCAGCGGACCGGGACCGCUACGUGCGCGAACUCAUGCGCUAUAUCCCGGUGGACUCAUACGGGAAAUGCCUGCAAAAUCGGGAGCUGCCCACUCCUCGGCUACAGGACACAGCUACAGCUACCACCGAGGAUCCAGAGCUCUUGGCAUUCAUGGCCCGCUAUAAGUUUCAUUUGGCCCUCGAAAAUGCCAUCUGUGACGACUACAUGACAGAAAAACUGUGGCGCCCCAUGCAUCUUGGCGCCGUGCCUGUGUACCGUGGCUCUCCCACUGUUAGGGACUGGAUGCCCAACAAUCACUCCAUCAUCCUCAUUGACGACUUUGAGUCACCUCAGAAGCUGGCAGAGUUUAUUGACUUUCUGGACAAAAACGAUGAGGAAUACAUGAAAUAUCUGGCAUACAAGCAACCUGGGGGCAUGUCCAACCAGUUCCUUCUGGAUAAUCUGAAGCGUCGGGAGUGGGGAGUGAAUGAUCCUUUACUGCCUAACUACCUCAACGGUUUCGAGUGUUUCGUCUGUGAUCACGAACUGUCUCGACUCAAUGCCGAGAAAGCCCACGCAGCCUCUCCUGGGGACAUCCCUGUUCCAGAGCCUCACAUUGCCCAGCCCUCACACAUGGACUGCCCAAUGCCCACCCCUGGCUUUGGUAGUGUGGAAGAGAUUCCAGAGAGUGACAGCUGGAAGGAGAUGUGGCUGCAAGAUUAUUGGCAAGGUCUGGACCAGGGGGAAGCUCUUACUGUCAUGAUCCACAACAAUGAGACACAGCAGAGGAAAUUUUGGGAUUACCUACAUGAGAUCUUCAUGAAAAGGAACCAAAAUAUUUAAUUACCCUUGUGAGAGCUUUUAACUUGGUAGAGCCAAGGAGAUGGAAGUCCUUAUUCUACCAUGGAAAAUUAGGAGCAUUCUCUGCACAAACCCAUAAUGAACAUUGUUGUAUCAUGAAUUAAAGGAAUUCCAGUUAUAUUCACUGAUAAUUUUAUCCUAAUGAUAUGUAACCAGUGUGUCUGCUUUUGGUAAUAGGGCCUCUCCUCAAGGAGAGAUGAAGGCAGCUAGUGCUGGUUUAGUGGGAAACAGAAGCCUAAAAAAUCAUCUUGAUUCAAUGUGCUGAUACAACAGACCUUUAAAAGAAUUGCUUUUCUCUAGCCCUUUCAUCUUCUCAGUUGUGAUUGAAAGUAUACUACUUGGCUACACAUGAGGUAAGAUGGGCCAGGUUUAGGGUCUUAAAACUUCUGUGCUAUUCCUUAAAUCCCUUAUUACUCAAUACCUUUCCUAAUCUCUCUUCUUCAUCUCCUUACUGCAUUAUAAACUGUUAUGUUGAUGGUGAUGGUGGUGAAGCAGAUUCCUGGCAGAUUGUAGUCUGGUUCUCUAGAAUUGUAUUUUUGAUCAUUUACUUUGCCUUUCAUGUCAAACUUUUUAUUUUCAAUAGGUUUUUCUUUCCUGAUUUUCCACAAUUUCUGAUGAAGAUGCAGCAGUGUUGCCACCAUUCCCACUUUCAUUCUGUCUGCAUUAAACUGGGUAUAGAUUUGACAGCUUUUCUUAUUGCUACUUUGCUUCUCUUCUAUGGCAUAUCUGGAAUUCCUUCUCUUUAUGACCAGAAAAAUUCAGUGGCAAAACAUAUAUCAUGUCAAUUUAAUGAACAGUCCUACUCUAUUUUAGGUUAGAGAUGGGGACUAAGGCUGGGAAUGAUGGUAGAAAAAUAUUUAAAUGACUUUGAAAUGUUAAAAUAGGCUAGUGUGAAUCAAAGUGCAAAUUUCUAAAAGUCUUUGUUCUUUUCUGUCUGCAUUAAUGAACUCUUCCCUUUAUUAUUUUUAAAUGCUAAAAAUGUCCCAUUGCCCCCAGAGUCAUGAAAAUUAUAGUGGGAAAAACAGCCCAGCAAUAUAGCUCUAGUAAUUAUCUCAUAUUCUGCAGCACUUUUCACUUUAAGUGGAAUGAAAUAUUCCAACUUCAUUUAUUCUGUUACUGAUAGCCUUCUAUUCAACUUUAUAAUACUAAGACUAAAUUUUGAUGGGAGCCCACCCAAAGCCCUAAACUGAAGAGGAUGAGAGGCAAUCUCAAAUCUUAAAGAUAUUUAAGCCACUACAAGUGGCUGGUUAUAUAAAAAGCUAUUAGUCAGAUUUGGAGAUGUAACCAAAUCCUUCUUUUGCUGUGGUUUGAAAAUACAACUUAAUGGGUAGGGAGACCAUUAGCUUUUUCUAGGGCAGUAGAACAAGAAAGAAUACCUUGGACCUUAGAGCUACCUGGUUAUAAUGUUGUAAUGUAAAUAUACACACACUAGUUUACAAUCAGAUAUAUGUUAGAUGCUUCAACAACUAGGGUCCCACACUUAGUAUUGUGACAACUAAGGAUGUGGUCAAGGAAAGCUCUAAUUUAGGCAGGAUUUCACUGCCAGGGUAAGUGGUUCCUUUUUCAUUUUAUUCUUUAGUUAAAAAUGCCCUUCACAACAGCGUGAAGUUGGUUUUGUUUGGGGUUUCGCAGAAAAAAACAAAAGGGAAAGAUAGACCUUCAAAAUCACUUAUUUGAUAGAGUUGAGACCCACUAAAGAAAUACAUUUAAGACUCUGAUUUCUAAGCUUGCAAUCUAUUUAAAUGCAGGUGAUUUGUAGUGUAAAAUAUGCAUUACGCAAGUGCAAAGGCCUAGGACUCAAAUUUCAUGAUGUGCAAUAAAAAGGUUAAGUGAUGGUUAUACAAAGUGUAGUAUCAUCCCUAACUUUCCCUAAUUACACCAGUUCAUAUUGGGAUUCCUUUAGCACUUUUAUGUACAAAGUGGGCCAGUUUACUAAUGACUGUGGCUGGAGAACACCUGCCUUGUGGUUAGUGCUUCUCAGACUUUCUCCUUUAUUCCUAUCACCAUAAAAGUAUUCAGAAAAGAGCAGGGUAAACCAGGUCCUACAUUUUCACCAAGGGAAAGCAGAACCAGGAAUACCUACGGGAUACUUAUCCACUAAAGGCUUUGCUUCCCCUAGGAGAAAGCAGGCAAUGUGAAUUUUCUCUGGUUUAGGACCUAGGCUGUUCUGUAUACAGCAUCAGACUUGCAGUUACUGGUGGUAGUGCUGUCCGAUAGCUACCAGUUUUAUUUGUGCUGCUGGAGAGUGGGUGGAGCAUGGGACUGACGCCUUUAUUACUCCAAAUAUGUUGCUAUUUCCUAUUAUCUCAGGUUCAUUUUGUAUAAUAAAUGUUUUCUUUUUAAACAGUG